CUGCCGGCAGUUCUUUGCUGAUCGCCGCGUCGGGCAGACACGGUCAUUCUGGGUCAUACGGACUUCCAAGUUUUUGCUGUUUUCUUUCAGAUAAGGCCACGAUACUUGUUACGCAGUGCGGCAGCCAUGUCGGAGUCUGGUGAAGCGUCCUCUGCCUCUCGAUCCCCUUCCCCUCCUGCCCCACGUGCCUUCUGUGGGCCUUCUCCUCUCCCUGGGUCCACUGUUCGCCCUCAAGAUGACGACGACAGGCACAGGGAUCAUUCAUCUCGUCGCUUGAGUGGGAGGCAUGGUUGCGUGAGAUUACGUAACAGUGCUGACGCACGUGGUUCCCGCGGCACUUCUCCUGCUCCUCUCCCUUGGUCAGUUGUGUUGGACGCCUUGACUGAUUUGCGGGGUGAAGUGGAGGCCUUGAAGGCAGACAGACAGCAACUACCACCCCCUACUGGGUCGGCGCAGGUGACUGUGGAGGACAGUACUCUGGGGGGCAGGGGUUUGUCGCCUCCUUGUUCUGCCACUUUUUCUGGUUUCUCGGCCAGGAUGAGUGAGGAUGAGGCAGUGUCGAUGCCUGCCGCCCCUGCUGACAGCACCUUAAUUCAGGGCACUAAGGCCUUUGGUCCUUCUGACACGGUGGUUGCUGACAUUGACAAUAGAGUGGCAGAGAUGGUAAACUUUCUCUUUGAUAAUGGUAUGAGAGAGGAGGACUACAAGGCCAUGUGUGAGGACGAUGUUGUCAAGAGGCCUAAUAACUGCCAUGCUCUUGCGCCAGUGGAAUGCAACCCACAGGUGUUGGAGGCCCUGAAGCUGGAUGCCAGGAAGACAGACUUCCGCUUGAUGGAGGUAAAUAAGGACAUCCUGCGGGCUUCAACCAUUAUCACCAAAUCCUUAGUGGCGCUGGAUGAUUUGGCUGAACAGGAAGGUAACCCCAAGUUGGCACAUGAGGUGAGCAUGCUAAAUGGUGCCUUGGCAUUGCUAGGCAAUGCCAAUCACAGGAACAAUUUGGCCAGGUGUUUUGUCAUGAAACGCGAGUUAAACUAUAAAUAUGCUCAUCUUUGUUCAGAUAAGGUGCCAAUUACUCGUUUUCUGUUCGGUGACGAUGUGUCCCAGUCUGCCAGACAAAUUGAGGAAGCGGAGAAACUGCGGAGUAAGUUCUCGCAGAAAAAGCCUGCCUUUACUAGCAAGUUCACAGGUAAACGCCCUGGUGGAUAUUGGAACAAGCCUGCUAGUAGGGGUUAUUACGCCAGGUUCCAACCCUACGGGCAACAGAGGUAUGGCUCCAGGGCUGCCCCACGACUGCCUUCCACUCGUCAGGAUGUGGAGCCAAAAAACUCCAAGGGCCGGGGCGGCUGCAGCAGGCAGCCCCAGUAAACUUACAGGCAAGUGCAUGUUUUGAAGCUGGCAGAUUACACUCUUUCCUGCAUGAGUGGCGUAAAAUUACCAGUGACCCUGUCAUUUUGGAUAUUGUUCAGCAUUGCCACCUUGAUAUUGAUGUCGAUAGUGUUCAUCCUUUAUUUUUUAAUGAUUUGGAAUACAGGUUCAACACUGUGCAACAGGGGAUAAUUUCUGGAGAGAUCAACAAACUUUUACAGCUUAAAGUCAUUAAAGUCACACACAAACAAACUCAGCAGGUUAUCUCUCCUAUUUUUUUGCGAGAAAAGAAAAACGGGGAAUUUCGCCUGGUACUUAACUUGGAGAGGUUAAACAAAUACAUACCAUAUAAACAUUUUAAAAUGGAAAAUUUUGAACAGGCCAUCAGGCUCAUCAACCAGGGUGAUUUUUUGGCUUCUGUCGAUCUCAGGCAUGCUUAUUAUUCUGUUAGGGUUGCAGAUGAGCAACAACGAUUUUUAUGUUUUACAUGGCAAGGUGUUAUCUAUCAAUUCACCUGCCUCCCUAAUGGCAUUUCUGAGGGACCUCGACUUUUCACCAAACUGAUGAAGCCAGUAUUUGCUACUUUAAGGCAGGAAGGAUACACUAUCACCAGCUUUAUAGAUGACACAUUAAUUUGCAGUAACUCUUACUCAGGAUGUCUUCAGGCGAUUCAGGCCACCAUUUCUCUGUUGCAGAGGUUAGGCUUUUGUAUCAAUAUGGAGAAGUCUGUUCUCACCCCCACACAAUGUAUUGAAUACCUAGGCAAUGUUAUUAACACCAAGUUCAUGACUGCCUCUUUACCUGAGCGUAGACUAAUCAAAAUUCGCCAAGGAUGUGCGGAACUUUUGUGUAAAGAUGUUGCCCCCAUUCGAGCAGUGGCCAGGGUGAUCGGCCUCAUGGUGGCUGCGAUCCCAGCAGUGGAGUUAGGUAAACUUCACUACAGGAAGUUGGAGGGGGGAAAAAUUGCCGCUUUGAAACAGGAGUAUGGUAAUUUUGACAGGCCUUUGAAUAUUACUGCAGACAUGAAACUAGACCUUUCCUGGUGGUUAGACAAUGUGGACAGACACCACAGACACAUUUUUAGGCCAGGGACUGACAUCGAUUUAUUUACUGAUGCCUCCAGCCUUGGUUGGGGGGGUCAUUUGGGGUGUCAGAUUACAAGUGGUACUUGGUCCCUUUUUUUUUUUUUUUUUUUUUUUUAUGUAGGAAGGAUACUGGCCAAGGGCAACAAAAAUCUAAUAAAAAAAAUGCCCACUGAAAUGAAAAGGAGCUUCACAUUAACAUCCUGGAGAUGAAAGCCAUUCUAUUCUCUUUGCAAGCAUUUGAACAUGAGCUGGAAGGUAGACAUGUUAGAGUUUUUUGUGAUAAUACCACUGCCAUAAACUAUGUCAAUGAAAUGGGAGGCACAAAGUCCAAGUCCUGUAAUGAUGUUGCUACCCAGAUUUGGGAUUGGUGUCUGGAACAUGACUCAUGGGUUACAUGCUCGCACAUACCGGGGAAGGACAACACCUUGGCUGAUGUAGCCUCUCGCAAGAUUAAUGACAGACAUGAGUGGAAACUCGACUCACACAUUUUUACUACCUUGUGUAAUGUUUUUGGGACACCGUCCAUUGAUUUAUUUGCCUCAAGGCUUAACAAACAGGUUAAUACAUUCUGUUCGUGGUUGCCAGAUCCGGAGGCUAAAUAUUUUGAUGCUUUUUCCUUGGACUGGUCAAACUUUGAUUUGUCUUACAUUUUCCCCCCAUUCUCAUUAAUUGCUAGGUGCCUUCAGAAGUUACGUGCGGAGCAAGCACGAGGCUGGAUGGUGGUUCCUCUGUGGCCGUCCCAGUGUUGGAUGGGCAUGCUGCUCCAGUUGCUAAUAGACUUCCCACGUUUGAUAACGAACAGGAGGAAUGUUCUAACACACCCGUCCACAACAGAUCCACAUCCCAUCAUGUCCCACACGAGGCUCAUGGCAUGCCUUCUGUCAGGGAAAACUUGCAGAAACGAGGAGUUUCGCCGGCUGCUGCGGACAUCAUACUGGCCUCCUGGAAACCAGGUACUGAGAGGCAAUACCGCCCACAUGUCCAGAGGUGGUCGUUGUUUUGUGGUAGACGGAAUGUCGAUCCCACUUCUCCAACUGUAGGUCACAUUGUAAAUUUUUUGACGGAAACCUUUGACAGGGGUGUGGGUUAUGAGUGUGUGAACACUGCGAGGGGUGCCCUGUCUUCUCUCGGCAUUGUGGUGGACGGAUGCAGGGCAGGAAAUCACCCUUUGGUCAUCCGAUUCAUGAGAGGGGUUUUCAAUCUUAGAACUCCUCAGCCCAGGUACACUGACACUUGGGACGUCCAACCUGUCUUAGAGCAACUAAGGUCCAUGUUCCCCUUACAUGCAUUAACCCUUAAAGAAUUAACGCUAAAAUUGGUUAUGAUGAUGGCCUUAACUCAAGCUGCCAGAAUUCAAACUUUACAACUACUGUUACUCAGAGACAUGCUCAUUAAUGAACACUCCAUUUCAGUACAGUUGGGGGGCACUCUUAAACAAUCCAGACCAAAUUUUAACAUCAACAGGGUCACAUUCCAUCGUUACCCUAAGGAUCCACGAUUAUGUGUCUGUAGCACUCUCCUGAGGUACAUUGAUGUGACUAAAGAGCUUAGACAGGAUGAGAUGCACACUGAUGCCAGGCUCCUCAUUAGCUUCAUAAAACCCCACAAAUCAGUUUCCAAAGACACUAUUGCCCGUUGGGUCAGGACCAUUCUCCGCAUGUCAGGCAUAGACAUCUCAAAGUUUUCCGCUGGUAGUGUGCGGCCAGCAGCAGCUUCAAAAGCUGGAGUGGCGGCUGUCCCUGUCGCAUGCAUUAUGGCUAAGGCGGGCUGGUCUAGGGAAUCUACCUUUGCAAAAUAUUAUAAUAAGAACAUUGUGGCUGCUUCUGACCUCUUUCAGGAUGCAGUGCUAGAAUAAGACAUAAUUUGGGUUUGUUGCUGCACUCCAGUGUUGCAGUACACGGAUGUUUUAAGUAUUUAGUAUCUAGUACCUUAGCUUUAUCUUAUGAUGUGAACUGUUACCAUUUUUCAACAUUGUUUGUAGAUUGGAUUAAGUUGGAUGCAAUGUACCUUAUUUUAUACACCAAUUGUAUGAUUGUCUCAUGUACAAGAUCCUUCCAUGGAAUAAUAGUUAUAGUACUGUU